AUGGGAGUGGGCGAUUACGUCCAUUCCAAGGAAGCUGGGGCCCCUCGUGCUCCCGCCGACCUCCCUCCAUCACAGCGUCAGUUGCGUGCCGAACAAGCAAAAGUCGAGGUGCCCACGCAGUAUCUCAGCUCGCCAAGUGGUAAUGGAAGAUUUAUAGCACGUGGACUUCCUAGGUCCCCAGGUCCCUCUGAGCGAUUACGUACUCUACCUGAGAAUCAAGCUCCUGAAAAUGGAAUGCACAGGGAUUUGUUCGACACAGACGUGGAAGGGAUUGAUGAUUCAACUAUCGCCGAAGCAAGCCUCUUUGGAUUCAGCGAAACUCACUCUCAAGCGCCGUCAACUGUGCAAGCGGGCGAUGAAAAUACAUCGCCUCGGCCAUCUUAUUUACCUAGACCGACGCGUCGGUCUUACCGGUCAUCUUUCUAUGGUGGCCUCGGCGAAAAGGCCUUGAAGAAGGCUGGGUUCGAUACGUCAGAUGAUGGUGAAGACACAGCCAGCCAAUUGACUUCUUCUCUGGGUGCAGAUGAUGAGAAGACAGAAGAAAUGCCGGAGCCGGCACGACCACCAGAGCCAGCUGAACCAACCCAGCCAGUUGAGCCAGAUAAUUCUAGCGAGCCUAGAGAAUCAAGUGGUUGGUAUUUGCCUCAUAAGCACAGAGCUGCAGACGAACCUUUGAGUAAGCGUCUGGAAAACUUCUGGGCAGCAAGCAAAAGAACCUCAAAAUCAGUCGACCAAAUUCAAACAGAAGUACAACAGCAGGCUCAUAUGGGCCUUGCUACCGAACAUCAACCGCGAAAAUUGGGGCAUAUGCUUCCUCCCACUGGACCUAGGAAGAUCACUCUUCCCCACAGCAUUUCAGCAACACCGCGAACACGGUUCAGCCCACCAAAGCCCUCACUUUUGGAUCAGCUUGAUAUCUCACCAACUAGGCAUGGCUCCGAGCCUCCUCCGCAAGCUGGAAGAAUGCUCAGCUUGACAUCUUAUAAUUACGACCAGAAAAGCGAGGAUGAGAGUGAACAUGAGCAUGGCAUUGAUGAAACUAUACGCGUGAUCAGCAGAAGACAAAGCGGCCAUUCUCUCCAUCCUUUCGAUAUCACGAACCUUUCUGAUCUGGGCCGCGAGAACGACGAAAUGAUACAAGAUCCAUUCCUUUCACAACCCCCAUCUGCUAGACGUGGCCGACGCAAUACCGUCAUUCAUACGAAAAAACGGCAGCUAGAAGCAGAUUACCCCCCACAGUUGCUGUACCAGAAAUCUUUUACCGACCUUCAAGCAGAACCUUUCGAGAAGGCGCCUACGCCACCUCCAGUCAAGUCUCCACCCUUGCCAUUGAAUACCUCUCUUUCAGACGCCCAGUCAUCGAAUGACACCGUUUCUCAGCUUCUGAAGCUUCCAGAUCAGGGCCGUCAGACAUAUUUGUCUCGCAUGUCUGUUGAUGAAUGGGAAAAUUGUGGAGAUCAGUUGAUCGAUCGAUUCAGCAACCUCCUUACCGAGAUGAAGAAACUGCGCCAAGCUCGUCGCCGCACAGCUGCUGUGUUCGAAGCCGAGGUCAAACGCCGUCAUGAUCUCAUUGAUGCACAGAAUUCAGAACUUUCAACCAAGUUGGAUGAAAUGAGAACUGGGGGUGCCGAGGUUCUUCGUGGUCGAAACGGCUGA